CCCGUGACUGCUGGUGCCGGCCCUGCCGCGCGGGGUCGGGGGGCAGAGGGGGGAGCAGGCAGCUCGUCCCCCCACGGGCGGUCUAGCAAUGCUUGCGAGAAAACCUCUUUCACCUUCCUGCGCCAGGAGCUGCCCGUCCGGCUGGCCAACAUCAUGAAGGAGAUCAACCUCCUGCCUGACCGGGUGCUCAGGACAUCCUCUGUGCAGCUCGUGCAGAGCUGGUAUGUUCAGAGUCUGCUGGAUAUCAUGGAGUUCCUGGACAAAAAUGCUGAGGACCGAGCUACGUUGGGGCAGUUUGCAGAUGCCCUUAUCACCAUCCGUAACCGGCACAAUGACGUAGUACCCACCAUGGCACAAGGGGUGAUUGAAUACAAGGAAGCCUAUGGAGAUGACCCUGUGUCCAACCAGAACAUCCAAUACUUCCUGGAUCGCUUCUACUUGAGCCGCAUCUCUAUCCGCAUGCUAAUCAACCAGCACACCCUACUCUUCAACGGCAGCACCAAUCCUGCUCAUCCUAAGCACAUUGGCAGCAUUGACCCGCACUGUGAUGUCUCUGAGGUGGUGAAAGACGCCUAUAACAUGGCCAAGCUGCUCUGUGACAAUUACUACAUGGCCUCACCUGAGCUGGAGAUCGAAGAGGUCAAUGCGAACACCUCCGAACAGCCCAUUUGCAUUGUCUAUGUCCCGUCCCAUCUCUACCACAUGCUCUUUGAGCUCUUCAAGAACGCCAUGCGGGCCACUGUGGAGAGCUAUGAGAACAGCCCGAGACUCCCCCCCAUCAGAGUGAUGGUUGCACUGGGCGAGGAGGACCUGUCCAUCAAGAUGAGUGACCGGGGAAAGGGGGUCCCCCAGCGGAAGAUCGAGCGGCUCUUCAGCUACAUGUACUCUACAGCGCCUACCCCACAGCCAGGCACAGGAGGGACACCCCUGGCUGGCUUUGGCUACGGCCUGCCCAUUUCCAGACUCUAUGCCAAGUAUUUCCAAGGGGACCUUCAGCUCUUCUCCAUGGAGGGUUUUGGAACAGAUGCUGUCAUCUACCUGAAGGCCUUGUCAACGGACUCUGUGGAGAGGCUUCCUGUGUAUAACAAGUCAGCCUGGCGCCACUACCAGACCAGCCAGGAGGCCGAUGAUUGGUGCGUGCCCAGUACGGAACCAAAGAACACGUCCACCUACCGUGUGACCUAGGUCUGGGGUGGCCAGUGAGGCUUAUGGAUGGAGAAGCCACGGUAGGGGGGAGAGAGAACUACUGCCAACACGAACCCUACUUUGUCAGGAGAAAUUGACCAGCGGACUCUUCCUAUUGGCAGAUUGCCCAAUCAGGAGUGUGAAUGCAUUUUUUUAUUCCUUUGUGGUACCUAGCAUAGAGCAGCCCGUGCCUUGCACUGUCCCAGGUUUGUCAGGAUCCCUUGUUCUGCUCCAGAUCUGGCUGGGGUCCCGGCAUGCUGCCUUCUGUGUCUCUGAUCUUUGCCCACUACCUCCCUGCCACAGGGGUGGGAGUGAGGGCAGUGAGGAGGCUUUUAGAGGUAGGGAGAAAAGCAGCCCCUUAGCUUGAGAGAGUUUUAAAUACACUGGGAGGGGGGAGAAGGUACCUGGAGAGAGGGCCUGGUAUUCUGCUGAGUGUGCAGAGGGUCAUAUUUGGGGCUUGCAGGGACCCUGCGUAUGGACCCAGAUUCAGACUUGUGGGGGGAGCCUUAUGUGGGGCAUAGUGGGAGUGGCUGAAGGCAGGCCUGUGGACCCAGAGGGAGCUGGGGUUGGGGGACUGCUACCAGCCUCCCAGUGGGGAGAGGGCCAGGUACGUCGUGUGUGGUGCAAGGGAGGUAGCGGGAGCAAUGGGCACCUGUGCUCACUGCAGGUGGCCCUAGGGGCUGACCAGAGGCCCAGCUGGGCUGAGCUCAGGCAGUGGAAGGGAAGAAGUCAGGGAAUGGGUCAAGGGCAUUGGAGUUUGGGCUGAGACUGGCUCCUUGCAGCCUGUGCCCCAGACUCCUGUCAACUUCAUUAAAUUUGUGGGGGGUGGAGGGGGAGGGAAGGGGGUUACCACUGCCUUGUUCCAGCUCCGAGCAGCUCAUCUGGGUCUCAGGGACCUUUUGGUCUCCCCAGGUGCUUCUGCAAGGUCCGUCUCAGCUGCAGGGCCCUGGUUGAGAGGCAGGGGACCAAGGCAAGCUGUGUUGCUAUGCAGAGCAAGCUAUGAGCUUAUGCAUGCAUGAGAGCGGGGGAAGCAUCUGCCGUGCAAGGCUCUUGCAUGUGUCAGCCAUGCGAUUUAGGGCUCUUGCUUGGCAUCUGGGCUGUUGGUUUUGCACCACCCCAGAGAACUUAGAGGUGUGAGGUGAGGGGGGUUGGGGAGGGAGGGUCUGUAUCUGCCCAGGGCAGGGUUGGCGUGGCGUGGCGUGGCAUGUUCCCUUCCACAUGGGGGUCUGUCCUUUCCGGAGAGCUUGCUCUGCUGCUACCACUGCUUCUUGUUUCAUAGUUGGUAGGGUCGGAAGGGACCUGAGCAGAUCAUCAAGUCCGACCCCCUGCCAUGGC